CCAGUUUCCAGCACAAGCAAUCGAGAAAUGCGAAAAAAAUAAAUUAGAGUGCAUCAUACUUCUCACUCCGAUGAACCGUUGAACCGUUACACAGUAUCUGGUAAUUUAUCCCUUUUACGUAUAGUCUCUUUUCUUAUGCAGCCCGUUUUUUUUCGUUAGUCCAACGAGGGAAGACGCAAUUUCUUUUUUUUCCUUUUUUUGCUCGAAGAAUCAAUCAAAGGACCAAAAAAAAACGAAGACGGGCGUUUAUACGUACUUUGUUUUUCUCGCUGCACCUCCAUAUCAUCAUCAUCAUCACCAGCAAAUAAUCAAAGACUGACCGGAUUUGAUUUCAUCUAUAUAUAUAUAUAUAUAUACUUGCUGCCAUCAUCACUUAUCGAUCCCCCGAAACACAGCGUGCAUGGCGGCGUCCAGCAGCAGCAGCAGCAGCAACCCCCAGCAGCAUCAGCGAGGCAACGUACCCGGGCAUCACGGCGAGGAAUUCAGCGCCGCCACUUCCGGCCUGGCAGCCGCCACUCAACGACACGCGCGGGCCGAGGCGGUCUUGAUUGCCGACCACCACCGGGAAACCGAUACUGCCGAUAAUAAUAUUAAUGAUGGCGGCGGCAUUCUUUCGGCGGCGGCAGCGACUCAACGUCACCAGCAGCAGCGGAAAAAGGCCGGCAACGACUUGACGAAUCCGAGGUUUUCCAUGUUCCCGAGCUCUCCUGCUGUGGCGGCGGCUGCAGCAGCUGCGGCGGCGGCCGCCUCGUCUCAGCAACAACACCACCAUCAUCAUCAUCAUCAGCAGCAACAACAACAGCAACAUCAUCAUCAUCAACAGCAUCAUCACGUGCAUGCGGCUGCUGCGGCGGCGGCUGCAGCUGCUGCACCCGUGCAUCAGUUGCAGCAGCAGUAUUUGCAGCUGCAGGGCCAGAUGCUGGUGAUGCAGCAGCAGUUGUUGCAGGAGCGGGCCAGGUUGGCGCAGCAGAAGCAGCAGUUUCCGUCCAGGGAGUUUGACGAGACCAAUGUGUAUGUGGCCCACUUGCCCAUGGACAUGACGCACGAGGAGUUUUUCGAGCUCAUGAGUCGCUUUGGCACGGUGGUGUCGAGCAGGAUCCUGGUGGGGGAGCAUUGGCGGAAGAAGGGCGUCAAGGGCGUCGGUUUUGCCAGGAUGUCCAGCGAGGAGGAGGCACUGGCUGCCAUCAAGGGCGUGAACAACACGCGGCUGUCCGAAACCGGAGUGCUGCUCCGGGCUCGUCUCGCGUUCAAGACCGUGCGUCGAGAUGGGCCGAUUGACGAGGACAACCCGGACCUGUUGCAGGACCUCAGCGAGGACAACACCCGGUCCCAAGCUGCGGCGGCGGCGGCUGCUGCAGCUGCAGCUGCCGCCGCUGCUGCUGCCAGGAGUCCGUGGCCAUUUGGCGCGCAGAUGCACCCAGCUGCCAUGUACUCUCCUUUCAUGCCGUCUGCGGCGCCACCGCCGCCGCCGCCGGGCGCCGCGUCGUGUCCGGCAGCUGGCUCGUGUCUCCUGACGUCUGCUGCUGCAAGUGCCUAUGGCGUCCCUGGCCCGAUGGCCUCUUGGUCACCUGCUGCGGACCAUGCCCAAUGCUCUGCCGCCAUGGCUGUGGCUGCUGCCUUACAGCACGCCAACAACGCUGCUGGCAACGCUUGCAACAAACAGGCCCAGCAACAACAACAAUGUGCGGCUGAGUUGCAACAGAUGUCGCCUGAAGUCUGGCUGCAUGAACAAUUUGUCGCCGGGAACUCGUGGGCUGCUGACCCGUGGAAUGCUGCGUUUGGGCAAUACACCCAACAACCCGGAUUAUACUCUCCUGUGCAACCUACUUCUCAAACCUUGUCUACGAGAGUUGCUGCUGCAGUCAGGGCUAAGAAGCAAGAGGAUCGUUUGAGCAGUAUGAUGGAGGAGCUGAGGGUCAAGCCAAAGAAGCUAAUUGUCAUCACGGAGCCAUUAACUGCUAGUAACACGACAAACUCCUCCAGCAAUGGCGAACACCUGGACUCUGAAACCUCUUCCAGCAAAAAUCGGGGGUCAGCUGGUGCUAAUGUGGAUGCUGAUACAACCGAGGACAAUAAACCGUGAGCGUCGGGACGCCGCAUUUUUGUGGCGUCCUCAUAUACAUGCAAUCAGCACAAAGAAUAUGUUUGAAAAAUUUUUGUAAUGUCGUUGAAUGACCAACGACGACCCAUUUUCGUGGCUGCCGAAAGAAUUACUGGUUACCUCGUUAUUUUGUGUGUGUGUAAUUUUCUCAUUUCUUUCGUCAUUGUUCUCAUUCUAUGUUUUUUUUUUGCAAUUUUUGAAAUUUCCUUCAACCGCGUGUGCUUUGAAUUAUUCUCCUGUCUCUCGGGCGGUUCGUGGUUUGACUUUAAUGAAGAGUAUACGAAUGCUUA